CCGUUCCGACCCAGGUUACACAAGUCACCUCCGCGUUCAAUGACGUUGCGCCGGACCGUCUGUGCUUCACAACGCGUCUCGCCAGCUGCGUGACGGAUUUACCGACCGAAAGAGAGAGAACCGCACAUUGUGGAGUGAAAGUGGAGCGCCUGAGGUCCUGUCUCUGGCCUUGACACUGUGUGAAACAAGAGUGGCUCGCAACUACUAGUUGUUCCUACGCACGACCCACGCCCUCCCUCGGACAUAUUCUUACCAACCCACUUAUUACACCAUCUACAUACGAUAUGGCCACCCCGCCGUUAUUGCGGGGGUCGUCCCUCGACCACACCAUUAGGGCCGCUACACCCGAAUCCGCACCUGCAUUUAAGCGAUCAGCAACCUCUAUGAGCAUCCCAAAGUCUAAGUGCUUGCGCAAUGUACUGGAGGCUCGACGUGCCCAGAAUACGUCUGCUCAAAAUUUGCCUCAGCUGGCCGCGAUUGACGCUCUGCCUCAACGUCUCGCAACGCCAUCAGCGCCCCACACCCCAAUCGCUUCUCCAGAUGCGUUCGACGAAUUCGAUCUCCCCGAGGAGAUCAUGACACCAGAAUCUCCCAUCCGUAAGACGCGGCCGCAUGAGAAGAUAGACACGCCCCCACGCGGCAGGACAAAUCAAGAGCUAAGUGCGGAGGUUGAAAAGCUGAGGAAUGAGCUAUUCAAGCAGAACAUCCGAGUGGAGCUGUUGAACAAAAGCAAUCAUGAGCUGCAAGCUAAAUGGGUAAAAGCUAGAGAAGAGGCAGAACAGCUUAAGCCGCUGGCGGAAGAGAACUACGAGCUUUGUGCUGAGAACAAGAAGCUGACAGAGAGGCUGAUUGCUGCUCAAGAUGAUAUAGACCAUAUCGACGAGAUCAGCGACGAGUUUGACAAGCUAUACCUCGAGAACGAAGCAGUGGGACAAGUAAACGAAGCCUUGAAGAAAGAAGUGGUCAACCUCACCAAUAUUAAUGAAGAGGCUGUCACGAACCUCCAAGAAAUGGAGGAGGCUCUUGACGAGGCUGUGGAGAUGAUCACAGACCUAGAAGGCGAGAAAAUGCAACUCAACAUCGAAGUUGAUGAUCUCAAAAGUAGGGUCGCAGCGAUUGAGACGAAGCAGGUUGAUGGGAGUGGAUAUCCUCUGCGCGUUCACAGUAUUGAUGAACAGCGGCCCGCGACUAGCUACGAUGACUCGGAUUACUAUAGCCAGCCAGCCACGCCUCGCGCAGAAGUUGUUAGAGACGAGCAGUCCAUUCGCUCCGAGGUGUCGGUUCGUUCGAAGCAGUUCAUCGAACUGUCUAAGGAGCGUGCACGCUCAGGGCGCAUCUUCAGGAAGCGGAUGUCAGAUGUGUCACUGAGGGCAGCCAAUCUAGUGUCUGCGAGACAUGCUCCUGAAAUCCCGUACAUACCCGAGGAGUAUGCUCAAGUCACACCUCGAAUGAUCGACGAACGUUUCAGAGAGCGGAGAUACUGUCAUGAGCCAGGUGUUGAGCAUUUCAUUGCUAGGUCAGGCGCAGAGACGCGCCGGCCUGCAACAGUCUCUCCGACACAGUCACAGCAGCCGUUCGCGCUUCGCAGCCUGCGUCAACCCGAACAAACACGUCAACCAGGCACAUCGCGACCGUCAUCAAGUUACGUCCCGGGCCCAAAUAAGAGCUCACGACCUCGACCUCGCACGCACUCUCUUGCCGAGCACUAUCCAGCACCACCACCGCGUAUGAGCAGCCGUCAUGCACAUACGACUAGCGAAGACCGUCCGCGACUACAAACCUCUGAGGAAACGCUCAAAUCUAAUACAGCGAGCGGUACACUUGUAGGGUCAGAAGAGCAAGAGCAAAAGCAAGAGCAAGUACUAACCACAUGGGUUUCUGCAAAUCCCCGUACUUCAACGGUAUCGUUACUGACAUCCCCUCGCAUAGAUGGGCCAGACACAGAGCGCUGGUGGAAAGACACCGAAAAAGUGAAACCGCUGCGAGCAAGAGCGACGAUGAGGACGCUCAGGAUAGGUGUCUCCUCAGACGGAGACGGCUUGGGUUCAGGAACCUUCGCCGCUAGGGCGGCAGGCAUCAGGACAAGUCCUUCUACGCCGGCCACUGAAAGGCCUGAGUCAGACUUUCUUUUCAACCCUCGGGAAAACGAGGAUCAGUUCAUGAGGAAGGCUAUCAUGAGGCUCAAGGGAAGUAUGCGGAGAUGAUGACGACUUGAAUGACUGUACGUUUUAUGAUUUCUUUU